CACCAUAUCCCACCCACUUACCUGUCUACCUACCUAGGUACCUACCCUCACAUAUGUAAAAGCCGAAAGGCAACACCACCCACACCCUCCAACCACCACGCCACAAUGCCCUCCAUCCUAGGCCACCCCUUCCGCGUGCUCCUCUACACGACCAAGGCCCUAGCCCUGGGCCACCUGCUCGUGACCUACGGAUACAGCACGGGCUACGGCUGGGGCCCGUCCAUGCUUCCGACCUUCCUGUCCAUGAACGAGUGGUUCGUAACCGACCGAUCCCACCGCCGGGGCCGCCGCCUGCGCGUCGGCGACUGCGUCGUCUACAGCAUCCCCGUCGAGCCCGGCGAGGAGGGCAUCAAGCGCGUCCUGGGCCUGCCGGGGGACUACGUGCUGUUGAAUUCGCCCGGCGUCGGCGCUGAUACUAUGAUACAGAUACCUAAAGGCCAUUGCUACAUAGUCGGAGAUAACCUCCCCUGGUCUAGGGAUAGUCGCGACUAUGGCCCCAUUCCUAUGGGUCUCAUCAAGGGUAAAGUGGUUGCCAAAGUGGUCGUGAACGGUUGGUGGCCGUUUAAUUGGUUCACGAAGGUCGAAAGCGGCCUUCAACCUGUAUCGGAUUUGCCUAAAGCAUGACCGCUCUCAUCCCGGCUACGAGUAUAGCUAUUGUAUUACAAUUUGCAUGGCAUGGAGGCGUCUCGGAAGCAUUGUUUACCGGAUAUCAUUUUUGAUGAGGAAGGGCAAUCUAAUUACAAGAGUUUAACUCCGCGCAUAAGGCUCACAAGAGUAGCUCAUGACUUACUAGGAGUGGUUGGUCAAGUAGUCAUCUUUUCAACCGGCUACGCCGCCGCGUACAAAUGAGAUCGAGUGUCUUCCACUAAGCUA